ACAAACUAUAUAUAUAAACUACGCAAACUCAAGCUUAUCAAAAAUAUAUGCACUCCUUUCUUGUAAAACCAAACCACCCUUGGCUAGCUUUUCCCUCUACUCCUUGUGCUAGCUAACUGCCCUCCCAGCCACCACGACCGCGACGAUUACCGUGACUAACAAAAAAAAAAAAUCUAGUUAGUCGACGAUGGCGACCAAUGGAUGUAGAACGGGUUUAAAGUGUCCUCUAUAUUAUGUGCUAUUUAUGAUAAUAUUGAGUACAUGUACCGUAGAAGCCAAAACAAGAUAUUACAAAUGGGAUGUAAAGUAUGAGCUCAAGUCACCAGAUUGUUACAAGAAAUUAGUGAUUACUAUAAAUGGCAUGUUCCCUGGACCUACCAUCACUGCUGAAGAAGGUGACACUAUUGUUGUUGAAGUUACCAAUAACUUGGUUACUGAAAAUACUGCCAUUCAUUGGCAUGGUAUUAGACAGAUUGGAACACCAUGGGCUGAUGGUACCGAAGGCGUUACUCAAUGUCCAAUUAUUCCCGGAGAUACUUUUGUAUACAAAUUUGUUGUUGAUAGGGCGGGCACAUACUUAUACCAUGCCCAUUACGGGAUGCAGAGAGAAGAAGGAUUGAACGGUAUGAUCGUCGUUUCGGUUCCUAAAGGACAAUCCGAGCCGUUCACUUAUGACUUUGAUCGUAGCAUCUUGCUAACAGAUUGGUACCACAAGAGUGCUCUUGAUCAUACCGUAGGCUUGAAUUCCAAUCCAUUUGUUUGGGUUGGUGAACCUCAGUCGCUCCUUAUACAAGGAAGAGGCAAUUUCAAUUGCUCAGCCGUCAGCAUUGCUUCGGAUCCAGAUGUCUGUAACGCUACACGUCCUGAAUGCACCCCGUUUGCCUUGACUGUGGUUCCUGGGAAAACUUAUCGCCUUCGCAUUGCUAGCUUAACUUCUUUGUCUGCACUAAACUUUGAGAUUGAGGGGCAUAACAUGACGGUAGUCGAGGCAGAUGGACAUUUUGUUGAGCCAUUUGUAGUUAAAAACUUAUUCAUCUACUCAGGAGAAACCUACUCAGUUCUAGUAAAGGCCAACCAAGACCCAUCAAGGAACUAUUGGGCUACAACUAAUGUUGUGAGCCGAAAGCCCGGAACUCCCACGGGUAAAGCCAUCUUUAACUACUACCCAAAUCGACCAGAACAAGAUCCACCAACUACCCCCACCACAGGCCCCAUGUGGAACGACUCUGAACCAAGGUUAGCCCAGAGUCUAGCAAUUAAGGCGCGGGAGGGGUUUAUUCAACCCCCACCCGCCACCUCAGAUAAAGUGAUUAUUCUCCUUAACACGCAGAACAAGGUCAAUGGGUUCACAAAAUGGGCCAUCAAUAAUGUAUCCUUCACCUUGCCCACCACCCCGUACUUGGUGGCUCUCAAGGAUAACAGGUUGAGGAACAAACUCCACCACGUGUUUGACCAAACACCGCCUCCAACCGGCUACGAUUGGCUAAACUAUGACAUCCACGUUAACCAAUCCAAUGUCAAUGCGACCUCUAGUAACGGUAUCUACCGUAACAAGUUUAACACGACUAUUGACAUUGUGUUACAAAAUGCAAACAUGAUCAACCCUAAUUACAGUGAAACUCACCCGUGGCAUUUGCAUGGGCAUGAUUUUUGGGUGUUAGGGUACGGUAAAGGCAAGUUUGACCCCUUCAAUGACCCGAAAAAGUACAACUUGGUAAACCCGAUAAUGAAGAAUACGGUUCCUCUUCAUCCAUACGGGUGGACCGCCAUACGUUUUCGGGCCGAUAACCCGGGUGUUUGGUUGUUUCAUUGUCAUAUAGAUGCCCAUUUUGCCAUGGGUAUGGGCAUUGUGUUUGAGGAAGGAAUUGAAAGAGUUGGUAAAUUGCCUAACAACAUUAUGGGUUGUGGACUUACCAAACGCCUCAUUAAUCCUUAGUUCCUUAAUUAUUAGCCUAACUUCAAUGUUUGAAAAUUCUUUUAUUCUUACUUUAAUUUUAUCCCUCUAAAUUCAAGGGAUCAUUUUUCUUUGUAAUUUUUUUUUAAUGAAAUAUUGUCUUUCUAAAUUUGUACAAUUGUACAUACGUGUAUUAGGAGUGUAAGUUAUGUUGGCAAAUUUUAGUUGUACAAAUUUUCCAUUAAAUGCCAUUAAUAAACACGUAUUUGCGCAA